AUGCCACCACAAACAACAGCAGAUCUGGAGGCACGUCUUCAUGCAUUUAGGUCCGAAGAUUCUCAUGCUCAGGAAGCUCUCCAGCAAGCUCAGCGACAACUAGAGGCUGCCCAAGAAGCCUACAAUUCUAUUCGUGAGACUCGUGAGCGUUAUGAGGCAGUCUAUGCAGCUGUGGUCGACAGUGAAGCUCAGCGCUCCCAGUUGGAGCAACGCAUUCGUGACGCAUAUGCAUCACUUUCGGUCUCGGGCAACCCUAGCACCUCUCUUACUCCCAGCAGCUUAUCACCAGCUCCAUCUGGUGGUCAACCUGAAGGACGGGUCCUCCCUCCGCACACUUCAACAACCACUCAAUCCCAUAGCCAACUCGAGGCCAGUUGCACCCGCACUCACGACAAGACCGCUCUGGAUAGCGACCCGAGCAUCGUGCAAGGGCUGAGAGGCGUGACAGACUCAGUCUUAGAUUGGCAAUGGAGGCGCGUGAAGGAGAGAGAAGAGAGUAAGCUAUAUACAUGA